AUGUUCAACCCCAACAUUCUAUCUCCUGCCUUCACUCUUUCUCUCGAGCGCUACAAUGUGCCUGCGGAAGAUUAUCCAGACAUCGAAGUUGACCCAACAAAAGGGCUGGGCCCCGACUGGUGGUCAGUGUUCCGCGAUCGCGCGAUCGCCGCUCAAUCCACGCGUCCGCCAUCGGCUACUGCAGAUGCACCCUCGCCUGCAGGUGGCGAUGCACCCGAACGCGGUGACGCCGAUCCCACAGUCGCCGACGCUCGUAUUCCUCUUGCAGCACCUGUCGCCGACACGUCUCGCCCGACGGGAGGCGCGCAAACAAAGCCUUUGCCCUCAGAUGAGCACGACUCUCAGCCCCGGCCCAUGGAUCGCUCGCCAUCAUCCAAUGCUCGGAGGCGCCGCAAUAUCUCAGGGGAAAAACCGGCGGCGGAACAGGCAAGUCAUCUCAUUGCCAUUGAACUAUUGCUGACUCCAAGCGACGCCGAUAUGACUGACGCAUUGCCUGAGUCCCGCCGCCCGCCCAAGCGACCCCGAAAGGAAAAGAACAAGCUGAGCGACAAACCGGACAUUCAAGGCGUCGGCGACGGCAAUGUUGAGCCAGCGGCGCCAUCCAAGGACAGCACCAAGGGAAAGCAGAAGAAAACCUCUGCUCAGCAUCCUACUACGCGCGACAGCAGUUGGGUACCAGUCAAUCAACUUUUUGACCCAUCUACAGUGGUCACAUCGUCGUCCCGCAAACAAGACCACGCUCAGUCUGUCGGCUCUGAUGGUACCUCGCGCUUCCAAUCCCUCCGCGUUUCCCACGCUCUAAAGCCGUCUGCAGAUAUUCUGAGCAAGAAUGUCAGCAUGCCCAAUAAUGUCGGCGACAUUCUCGUAGAAUAUAUCCGCAAGCAUGAUCAAAGGAAUAAGUACGAGGAUGGGGAGCUGACCACAUGGAUGACCCAGACGAAGCGUCAGCUCGAUGAUGUAACCGAGCACAUCAAAUCGGUUGACAAGACUCUCAUCGCCGACGACGCGCGCUUGAAGUCGCUCGAAUUGUCAUAUGAGAAGGCUGCGACCGACAUAGGCGCAAUGGCAGACGAGUUCAAGCGCCUCAACACUCACCUUGCAUCAAUUAUCGACGUUCUGCGCAACCAGGGGUUGCUAGGACCAUUCCAAUGGGGCCAGAUGCAGAUGGGCUUUCCACCGGGGUUACCAUGGUCUGGCGAUGGCCACCAAGGCGGUCCGGGGCAUGGUCAGGGCGGCAUGGGUCCUCCAAGUGCCGGUAUGCCGCCCUAUCAACUGGAACCCCACCAGGGGCCGCAGCCGUCGGCGCCACACCCGCAUGGUUUUGACGGGCCCCAUUAG